UAGAUUCUAUGCAAGAUGACAAAGCUCAAAAAUUAAUUUCUAACGAAUAUAAAAAAACUGAAAAAAAAAAUUCAUUAGAAGAUCAUGUAAAUCUAUUAUUUAAUUUUUUACAAACAAAGAACCAACUAGAUCCUUCACUAAAAGAUUUAGAAAAUGAGUUAAUUGUUUUUUUAAAUAAUUAUUGA